AUGCGCUGCCGGCAUCUGCCGCCGCCCGACAUGGAUGUGUCAGUGCUUGUCGGCAAGCGCACUCUUCACAGCUUGGCAUCUCGUCCUGCCUCUGUCCUCGCACUUUUGCGGACAGUGGACCUUGUCAGGUUUGAAGCGGGCAAGGUCCACCGCCGUACCUUGCCACUCUCCCAUGGUCACUCUUUCACUUUGCGUGUCGCUACCCGCAGUUCCGUUGCUGCUGCCGUGCUUGCCCCUCGUUGCCGUCGUCGUUUUGCGACUUGGUGGGAGGCCUCCGACACCGACCUCUUUGGAGGAUUCAGCAAGCACUUCGAGCGCUUCCGGAAACCUGCGGCGGAGGCGAGGUGCUCCACAUCGUAUGAGCAGCUCCGGCACUCGAAUCACCGAAAUUCUUCGACCCAGGGUUUUGCAGAUCCUGGAGCGCUUCUUUGGGGUUGCAAGGCGCGGUGGCGCCAAACACCGAAGCAUGAGACUCUCUUGCAAAUGCAACCAUGCACCUCGGCGUUCAUAUGUGAUGGACGUGCGCGGAAGAAGCCUACGGGAGAGGAGCUUCCCUUGGGUUUGGGGCUCUCCUGCGGUCUCCUUGUCUCGCUCUUGCCGGAGGAGGAGGUCCUUGCUCGAAAUCGCUCGCUCUCUAUUCGAGACCCCCUUGCUGAUGCGGCCCGACACCUCGAUGUUCAUACCUGA